AUGCGACGGUGCUUUACGACGCGGCUUACGUUUCAGCGCCUGCUCUGCGGCGACGCGUUGCCACUGAACGACGCCACGGCGGUGCAGGAGGCGGCGCUGGCCUUCCGCGCGCGCUACCCCGUUGUCCCGCUCCCCGUCCCCAUUGGGGCCGCCCUGGGUAGGAGCUACCUGCUGCAGGGCGAACCGAGACGGGCGGCGGCCCUGCUUGCCGCGCAUCCAUCGACACGGGCGCUUGCGGAGGCGACGCGGCAGCUGCUUACGCACGAGAGCAGCUUGGACGCGGAGGCACUUCUGCAGUUUGUUGACGCCGUCCGCCCCGUCUCCUCGGUGGUUGCGUGCGACUUUCUCGGCGUUUUUGCGGGGCGUCUGGCGAAGGCCGGGAAGGCGCAGGAUGUGAAGCAGCGGCUGAUGCGAGACGUGCGCGAGGUGCCGCACCUUGCCGGCUCCCUCCUUCGCCCCUUGACGGAGCUGAGCGACCCGGCCAGCGCGGAGGACAGGCGCGGCGUGACGGAGGCCGUGAACAUCGCCCUGACGCGGUCGUUCGUUAGCCCAAGGGACUACGGCCACGUGCUCCUGCUGCUCGCGCGCGGCGGCGAGCACCGCAAGGUGCUGGCCUUCUGGUCGUGGAUGCGGCACUCCUCGGCCCGGUGGGACCAAACGGCGGCCUCCGCCGUGAUUGUGUCGGCCUCGCUCUCGCGCAAAAUGAACGCCGCCAUUGCCGCCAUUCAGAGCUUGGCAGAGGCCAACGAAGACCCCACCAUCGAGGCGCAGCGGCAGUUUAUACAAUACUUGGCCUCCCGUUUUCCGCCCCUGUCGCGCUACGCAGAUCAACUCGUGACACACUGGCACACCGACGCGCAGUUGUGGACGACGGAAGCGCGGGUGGUGGGGGUGGAGCUGCUCUUCGCGUACUACCACGCCAAGGAGUACGAGCCGCUGCGGGAUUGGCUGAUUAGAGCCGCGACGAAGGCCGUCACAGAUGCGGCAAAGCAGUCCAUACUCCGAGUGAAGGGUAUACCCUACAUUAUGCGACAUUUUGCGUCGAACAUAGCUGAGGAGCCAUGGCUGCAGGAUUUUUAUCUUGCCGGGAUGCAGAUGGAAGACCUUGGCGAGCACCCGCAGCUUUUGGGGCUGCUGGCAAGUCUCGCGCGCCACACGAAGGCAGAGGAGGAAUUUCUAGACGCCAUCAAAGGCUUGAAGAUGAGUGUGGAGGCCUUUGAUGAGAUGGCAACAUUUGUGGCGGAUGACAUCUGCUUUAGAAAUGCGGAAAACACGCUGCAUUUUAUUCACAGCAUGGCGGAGGCGUUGUCGCAGCAGGUUCCCACGAAUGUGCGCGGCUGGCUGCAGCUUCUUGGGCAAAGAUAA